AUGGUUGCAUACAUGAAUAAUGUCUUCAAAUCUUUCGGGACAGGCUGGCCGGCCCAGACCCCGCAAGCGGAGAUGCAGGAGAAAGCGCGUCACCCCAGGCCUGGCCUCAGGUUGGUCCUGGGCAUCUUGGCAUGGCUCUGCCUCGGGGAAACUCUGGCGCUGAAUGACGGGCGCUGGUGCGAGAGGAUGGUGCAGGUGAUGGAGGAGGAAGUGGUCAGCCCCCGGCGGGAGGAGAUGGUGCCCUGCGCCGAUGUCUACCAGUACAACAUGGCGGGCUGGCACCUCGACCAGGACCGGAUGCGCCAGGCAUACGGCAGGGCAGAAGGCCAGGCUGGCACCACCACCAUGUGCUACAUCUACAAGCCAGAGGACACGAGACCCACACUCUGGAACCGCACGGUGCGCGCUUGCUGUGAGGGCUGGAGCGGGCCCCAUUGCUCGGAGGGUAAGGCCGCCACAGAGAUGGGCCCCCGAGGCGGGUGGGUGCCCAUUCUCCAGAGCCCCCCUUUCCGCGGCUCCUUGAAAUCUCUUGCGACCAAGCAGCUUUCCUUCAUGGGAAAGGCCUCUCUGGGGCGCUGCUUCUCCAGCUGGCAAUGCCAAGACCUGCCCGGACUGCAGAACUUCUCUCUUCUUGGCAUGGAGGAGUGUUGCCAACGCCCGUGGGGCCACAGCUGGCAGAACGACUCCUCCCAGCUCUGCUUCAGCUGCUCCCGCCUGCCUCUGAAAGAUGAUCUGCCCUCGCCCUUCCUGCUCCGGCCACCGUCCCCCACGGCGCUUCUGGUCGGCUCGGCUCGGCACCGCCGGCACCGCCACCCCUUUGCCACCUGCGCCACCUGGGCCGGCUUCCACUACCGCAGCUUCGACGGCAAACACUUCCGCUUCCACGGCAGCUGCGCAUACACCUUGGCGGCCGCCUCCGAUGGCACCUGGGCCGUCUACCUGUCCGCCGGUGGCGAGGCCUGCAAGCCCGGACGCUGCCGUAAGGACCUUCGCCUGCUGUUUGGCCUCGACCUGGUCGUGGCUCAAGGACGCCGCGUCUCGGUGAACGGCGCUGCGGUGCCCGAGGGGGAGCCCCGCUUGCAGAAAGGGAUCAGUGUUUGGUGGCUGGGAGACUUCCUCUUCGUGGAAAGCGGCCUGGGGGUGCGGGUCAAGUUCGAUGGGCGCGACACCGUCUACGUCACCAUCGGGGCGGACCUGAAAGGAGCCACCCGAGGGCUGUGUGGGGUCUACAACGACGACCCUGCAGACGACUUCCUACGCGUGGGAGGCGACGUGGCCACCUCGGCGGCGAGCUUUGGCAAUUCGUGGCGCGUCCCGGACGCCGGAUUGAUCCCCUGCGAAGAUGCCGCAGAGGAGGCUCACAGCUGUGAAACGCCGGAAGGCCGAGGGAUGCAGCAGGAGGCAGAGUCGCUUUGCCAGAAGCUUCUUUCCGGCCCUUUUGGUCAAUGCCACUCAGAGGUGGACCCCAGAGGUUUCUAUGACACCUGCAUGUACCUGCACUGCAGCGGAGCCGGGCUCGGUGCCGUCUGUGAGACCUUUGCCAGCUACGCCCGCGAGUGCGCCCAGAGGAGUGUUUUCGUCAGCUGGAGGAGGGCCGGAUUCUGUGAAAAGUCGUGCGGGCAAGGAAAGGAAUACUCCGACUGUGUCUCUUCGUGCCCUGCCAGCUGUGCUGCGGUGGGCGCAGCCGAGGAAGGGCACUGCCGGGACGAGUGCGUGAGCGGCUGCGAGUGCCCGGCCGGCCUCUACUUGGAAGCGGGGGCCUGCGUCCCGGAGACCCAGUGCCCCUGCUUCCACCGGCGCCAGAAGUUCGCCCCGGGAGAUGUCCUCCAGCAGCACUGCAACCGUUGCACGUGCCAAGGGGGCCGCUGGCUUUGCUCCCAGGACCGGUGCUCCGGGGAAUGUGCCAUAACCGGCGACCCCCACUACUUGACUUUUGACCGCAAGCGCUUCUCCUUCCACGGCACAUGCCAGUAUAUCUUGGUGCAGGAUUACGUGGAUGGGAAACUCCACAUUUCCUCAGAGAAUGUGGCAUGUGGGAGCCAAGGGACCAGCAGCUGCCUCCACUCGGUGACCGUCACUGUGCAAAAGGUCUCUGCCCACCUGUCCUUCACAGGGGAGCUGUCCGUGAACGGCCAAGACGUCUCCCUCCCUUUUGUCAGCGCCGACCUGACGGUGCGCCUCGCCUCCUCCUCCUUCCUGCUUCUCCAGACCUUUGGGGCUCACUUGCUGUGGGGCCUGGAGUUUCCGGCAGUCUACAUCACCCUCCAGCCCAGCUUUGCCAACAAGGUCCGAGGCCUUUGCGGCACCUACAACUGGAACCAGCAGGAUGAGUUCACCACGCCGGAGGGAGACAUGGAGUCCAGCGCCGCCGCUUUCGCCAACAGGUUCCGCAUCUCGCACGACUGCCCCUCCUUCGGCACGUUCCCUUUCGACCCCUGCAGCAUGUACGCCCAGCGGAGGCAGUUUGCAGAGGCGGCUUGCGAGGUCCUCCACAGCCCAGCCUUCCAGGCCUGUCACGACGUGGUGGAGCGGGACCCAUUCUACCAGCUCUGCCUCUACGACGUGUGCGGCUGUUCCGCCGGCAAAGACUGCCUGUGCGGCGCUGUGGCCUCCUAUGCCAGGCAGUGCGCCCAGGAGGGAGUCCCUGUCGCCUGGAGGAAUCACAGCUUCUGCCCGGCGCCAUGUUCUGGAGGGCAAGUCUAUCGGGAAUGUGCGCCCCCCUGCAGAACGACCUGCGCCGACCUGCGCUUGGGCCCCUGCCGGGAUCUGGACCGCGUCUGCGUGGCCGGCUGCAACUGCCCAGAGGGGACGGUGCUGGACGACGGCGGGCAGUGCAUCCAGCCUGCCAUGUGCGCCUGUGCGCAUGGGGAAGAGGCGCACCCCCCUGGCAGCAGGAUCCAGAAGGGUUGCAACACCUGCGUCUGUGUGAACGGGGCGUGGAACUGCACGGAGCAGAGCUGCCCCAGAGCUGUCCUCUGCCCAGGGGAGCUGGUCUAUGCGUUUGGCUCCUGCCUGCGGAGCUGCGACAGUCCCGAGGGGAACCUCAGCUGCGCCGGCUUCUCGGACGGCUGCGUUUGCCCCCCUGGCACCGUCUACUUGAACGAGCACUGUGUCUCCCCAGAGGAGUGCCCUUGCCACCACAACGGCCGACUGUACCAGCCCAAUGACACCAUCACCAGGGACUGCAACACUUGCAUUUGCCGAAACCGGCGCUGGGACUGCAGCCGCCACCACUGUGCCGGGACCUGCGUAGCCACCGGGGACCCCCACUACAUCACUUUUGACGGGCGGACCUACACCUUCCUGGGUGACUGCGAGUACAUCCUGGCCCAGGAGAGCAGCGGGGCCUUCACCGUCACCGCCGAGAACGUGCCCUGCGGCACCAGCGGCACCACCUGCACCAAAUCCGUCGUGGUGCUCAUUGGCAACACCGUGGUCCACCUGCUCCGAGGAAAAGACGUGACCGUGAACGGGGUUUCGGUGCGCCCCCCGAAAACGUAUAGUGGGAACGGCCUGACCCUCGAGAGAGCAGGGCUCUUCCUUUCGCUCAUCUCCCAGCUGGGGCUGACGGUGCUCUGGGAUGGAGGCACCCGCAUCUACAUCAAACUGGACCCCAUGUACCAAGGCCGCAUGUCAGGCCUGUGUGGGAACUUUGAUGGGGACACUGAGAAUGACUUCACCAGCCGGCAAGGCAUUGUGGAGCCCACGGCAGAUCUCUUUGGCAACUCCUGGCGCGUCAGCCUGCUCUGCCCUGAGGUCAACAGCGAGGACUUUGAGCACCCUUGCACGGUGAACUCUCACCGCGUGACGUGGGCCCGGAAGCGCUGCGGGGUCCUCAUGCAGGACCUGUUUGCCCCCUGCCACGAGGAACUCCCGUGCCAGCAGUUCUACGAGUGGUGCAUCUUCGACGCCUGCGGAUGUGACUCCGGAGGGGACUGUGAGUGCCUCUGCACCGCCAUCGCCACCUAUGCAGAGGAAUGCAGCCAGCGGGGAGUGCCUGUGCGCUGGAGAAGCCAGGAUCUGUGCCCCAUGCAGUGUGACUAUGGGCUGGAGUACCACGCCUGCGGCCCAGCCUGCCCCCCCACCUGCAAGAACUUUGGCCUGGAGGGGGCCGAGCACUGCAGCGGUGAGGCCCUUUCCUGCGUGGAGGGAUGCUUCUGCCCAGAGGGCAAAGUGCUGCAUGGGGGCCACUGCAUCGACCCCUCCGAGUGCCCUUGCUACUGGGAGGGCAAUCUCUUCCCACUGGGAGCCCUGGUGAUGCAGGAAUGCAGGAACUGCUCCUGUGAGGCCGGCUUGUGGCAGUGCAUCGCCCCCCUAGAACCUUGCGCCACAUCUCCCCGCUGCGCCGAGACGGAGUUUGCCUGCCGCACAGGCGGGCGCUGCGUGCCCGGCGCCUGGGCGUGCGACAACGAGGACGACUGCGGGGACGGCUCGGACGAGUUCUGCACCUUGAGCUGCGCCCCUCACCAGUACCCGUGCGCCAGCGGGCAGUGUGUGCCCUGGGGAUACCGCUGCGACGGAACUGCGGACUGCCUGGACGGCUCGGACGAGAGGGACUGCCCGCUGCCCGCCUGCGCCCUGCAGGAGUUCCGCUGCACCAACGGGCGUUGCAUCCCCCGCGAGCAUGUCUGCGACGGGGAGCUGGACUGCGGCUUUGCGGAUCGCUCCGACGAGGCGGGCUGUGGGUCCCCCUGUGGGCCGAGCGAGUUCCUCUGCGCAACGGGCCGCUGCUUGCCGUACCUCCACCGCUGCGACCGGCAUGAUGACUGCGGAGAUUUCAGCGACGAGAGCGGCUGCGUGUGCCCGGCUGGGGAGUUCCAGUGCCCCGACGGCCGGUGCCUUCCCCAAGCUCUGCUUUGUGAUGGGAAGCAGGACUGCCCUUCUGGAAUGGAUGAAGCUUUCUGUCCAGGCCGUGUGACGUGUGCCCCUGGGCAGCUACCUUGUCCGGAUGGUUCUUGCGUGAGCCGCUCCCAGGUGUGCGACGGCAUGCGCGACUGUGCCGAAGGCGCCGAUGAGAAGCCACCGCACUGCCCGGCGCCCCCGACCACACCUCCGGUGGCCCCCGUGGCGCCCGGUCUUCCUGUGACUCACCCAUCCCCCGUGAACAGGACUCUGGCGCCACCCUGCGGCCGCUACGAGUUCCACUGCCACAGCGGGGAGUGCCAGCCGCGCGGUUGGGUGUGCGACAACGAAGCCGACUGCCUGGACGCCAGCGACGAGCUCCACUGCAACCGCACCUGCGGCCUGGACCAGUUCCCCUGCGCCCACGGGGCCGAGUGCAUCCACUACAGCCGGCUGUGCGACGGCGCCCCCCACUGCCAGGACCACUCGGACGAAAGCGUCGACACCUGCGGUUCCACGCAGAUCCCGCCCUGCCCAGGCUUCUUCAUCUGCAACAACCGCAUGUGCAUCAACGUCUCCCGGGUUUGUGACGGCUCCCCAGACUGCCCCCAGGGAGAAGACGAGCUGGCCUGCGAGAGCCACAUGGUCCGUCCUGGCGAAAGGAACCAGACAGCGGGACCCUGUAUGGAGUACUCCUGCGGGGACGGCGCCUGCAUUGCCUUUAAACAGGUGUGCAACGGCCUGGCCGACUGCUCCGACGGCACGGAGUCCUCCCGCUGGCUGCCCUCGGACGAGCGGGACUGUGGCCUCUGGAGCCCCUGGGCCCCCUGGAGCUCCUGCAGCCGCUCCUGCGGGACGGGCCUGCAGGUGCGCCGGAGGUCCUGCACGCGCCGGGCGGAUGACGUCCUUCGGCACUGCCUGGGAGAGGAAGCCCAGGCACAGCAGUGCUUCGCAGUGGCCUGCCCAGUGGACGGCGUGUGGAGUGAAUGGGCGACGUGGUCCAACUGCACCCAGGACUGCCGUGGCGUUGUGGUCCGGCGGCGAGAGUGCCUGCCCUCACAGAACGGGGGUCGCCACUGCACAGAGAUGCCAGAGGCUCUGACCAGCUCCAUCGAGAUCGAGCUGUGCCAACGGGAAGAUUGUGCCAACGCCUCCACCUGUCCCGGGGGGCUGGUCAGCCGGAAAUGUGCGCCCUGCCCCACCUCCUGCGCCGAGCUCUCCAGCCGCACGCGGUGCAGGAAGGACCGCCCCUGCAGGCCAGGGUGCUGGUGUCCCGACGGGCUGGUCCUGGACAGCGAUCAGCAAUGCGUGCGCCCCCAAGAGUGCCCCUGCCAAGUGGAGGGCACCCGCUACUGGCCCGGCCAGCUGGUGAAGGUCAACUGCCGCAUCUGCACCUGCCAGGACGGUCAGAUGAAGCGCUGCCGGCAGAACCCGGAGUGCACAGUGAAUUGCGGCUGGUCCUCCUGGUCGCCCUGGGGCGAGUGCCUGGGUCCCUGCGGGGUGCAGAGCAUCCAGUGGUCUUUCCGCAGCCCCAACAACCCCAGCAAGCAUGGCAACGGCCGCCAGUGCCGAGGAAUCUACCGCAAAGCCCGCAGGUGUCAGACGGAUCCGUGUGAAGAGUGCGAGCACCACGGCCGGGCGCAUGCCAUCGGCGACCGCUGGCGCUCAGGGCAGUGCCAGGUGUGCCAAUGCCUCCCCAACCUGACUGUCCAGUGCUCCCAGUAUUGCCCCUACAGCACGGUGGCCUGCCCUGAGGGCCGAGUCCUGGUCGAGGGCCGAGGAGAUGCCUGCUGCUACUGCAUGGAGGCAGGUGAGCCCCCCAGGUUGGCAGGGAAUGUUGGAAAAUCUGCAAACUCCCCAAGACUCCGGAGCAUCCUCCCGUUGGCCCUCUCUGGCUGGCAUGCCCCUUCAGUCCAGAGCGCCAGUGAGAACUGGACGGCUCUGCCGACUGUGCCAGCCAUCGGACCCCUGGGACCCACCUUGGCCCACCCGGCUUCCUUGACCACAGCCUUGCCGUUCAACACCUUCCCAAUGCCCCCUCUCGGAGACCUCUGCUACGGCCCGCUGGGCAUUGCCUCCCUGCCGGACGCCAGCUUCACGGCUUCCUCGCAGCAGCCAGAGAACCCGGCUCACGCCGCCCGCCUCAACCGCGUCCUGCCCAACGCCGACCUCCAGGGCUGGGCUCCCCCAGCAGACAUCUAUCCUCAGCUGCUCUCCCGACCCCCCUUCCUGCACGUGGAUCUGGGGGAACCCAGGAACCUGACAGGGGUGGUGGUGCAGGGGGCCGGAUCUUCUGAUGCCUACGUCACCAGCUUCUUCCUGCGGUUCAGCCUGGACGGCGUGAGGUGGCACGACUACCACGAGCUUUUCCAAGGGAACUCCGACGACUCGACGCCCGUGGUCAGGACCUUCCAGCGCAUGGUGCGCGCCCGGCAUGUCCGGAUCCUUCCCCGCGACUUCCACAACGGGAUCUUCCUCCGCGUGGAGCUGCUGGGCUGUGGGAAAGUGUCCCCACAGCCUCCCGGGACCCCAACGGUGCCACCCACUGCCAGGCCCUGCUGGACCGGGGAGUUCCUGUGCCAGAACGGGCGCUGUGUCCCCACCGGGCCCCAUGGGGCCAUUUGCGAUGGAUUCAACGACUGCGGGGACUUCUCGGACGAGAGGCACUGCGGAGUUGGCCCAUCUCCAGAGCCCUCCGUCCCAGGGGGCUGCCUGCCCUCCCAGUUCCCCUGUGCCAUGUCGGGGGUCUGCGUCAAAGCAUCCCAGAGGUGCGAUGGGGUCACCGACUGCCCAGACGCCCACGAUGAGGUGGGCUGUGUGCCCGAAAGCAGAGCGCCCUCGGCUGGGACCAGCAGCUCCUGGACCUCCGAAAAACAGCCGCCGAAGCCUUCCGUGCCCCACCCAACUCAGGUGUCUCCCAGUGGAUGGCCGUUUCCUGAAGGUCUCACCUUCCCCCAGCCAGGUUCCUGCAGCGAAGCCCUCGGUCUGGAAGACGGGCGUAUCCACCAGCAGCAGCUUAGCGCCUCGUCCUACCAGGACGGGAACCCACCAGACGCCGGGCGCCUCAACAUCGUGCCCAGCAUGCAGAACAUGGCCCCCGGGUGGAGCCCGGGCCCCUCGGACCCCGACCCCUAUUUCCAGGUGGACUUCCUCCAGCCCACGUUCCUCACUGCUGUGGUCACGCAAGGCGGGGGACCCUCCCGGGGCUAUGUCUCCCGCUACCGCCUGGUCUACAGCGACGACGGGGUCCACUUCCGGAAUUACGCCAGAUCUGGAUACGGCCCUAGCACUUCCCUGCGGGCCCAGGUCCUGGAGGGCAAUUCCAACAGUGCCACGGCAGUGCGCCAGGAGCUGCGCCCGCCCAUCUUGGCCCGCAUCCUCCGCCUCAUGCCCACGGAGUUUCGCGGGAGCCCCUCCUUGCGCAUGGAGGUGCUCGGCUGCCCCUGGAGUGAGUUUGGGGGAACUGGCGUGGGCGCCUGUAGGGUUUGGUGGUCGGCUGACGGGGCCUCUCUUCCAGAAGGUGGUGCCCGCAGCUGGUAUGACGACACCCUCCACGGACACUGGCACAAGACCCCCUGCCCCAGAGACAUCAUCUCCUCCGCAGUGGCUCACCGGGCUGCCAAGUAUAUCGCAGGAGUCCCAGCGCCCUGGAGGAGCAACCGGCGUCCCGGAAUCGCCCAGGAUCCGACCCUCCAAGGAGCCUCCCGCCUCGCCUUCCUGGUCCACUUCCUGGCCGUUGGGACCCACUUUGCCCAGACUAGCGACUGGUACCCCUGGCACGAUGUGCUGACUCGAACCCCCAGCCCCGGGCUUCCCAGAAUCCUCUGCACCCAGGGGCAGUACGCCUGUGAAGUCUUCGGCUGCGUCGAGGCUGCCUUUGUUUGCGACGGCCAAGAAGACUGCCUGGAUGGUUCGGACGAGAUGCACUGCGGUGAUGCUCCCACCGCCCCCGCCGCAACCCUGCUACCGCCACCAGGCCCUCCCAGUGCCUGCUCCGCCAAGCAGUUCACCUGCGGCAGUGGGGAAUGCCUGGCGCUGGAGCGGCGCUGCGACCUCCGUCAGGAUUGCCAGGAUGGGUCCGACGAGGCCAGCUGUGCGGACUGCAUCAUGUCGCCGUGGACCACCUGGAGUGAAUGCAGCCGGUCGUGUGGGCUGGGGGUGACCUUCCGGCGCCGGGACCUGCUCCGCAAUGCCCUCCCCGGGGGGCAGUGUGACCGCGAUGAGUUCGACAGCCGCUCCUGCUUCCUGCGGGCCUGUCCAGUUAACGGUGCCUGGGCAUCCUGGGGCGAAUGGUCAGACUGCGACGCCGAGUGCCGUGGCGGCGUGCGGAGCCGCACCAGGACCUGCGCCGACCCCCCGCCCAAGAACGGGGGGCAGCCUUGCCCGGGCGACGCUGUGCAGAUGGAGACUUGCAACCAGCAGCCCUGCGGAGAUGCCCGGGACUGCGGGCCAGACAUGGUCUACGUGCAAGCCGGGCACUGCGAGCGAGGCCUGGUGGCUCCGUGUCCCCAAACGUGCCGGCAGCUGAGCCUGAAGACGAGUUGCCCCAGCAGCUGCGUGGAGGGCUGCCGCUGCCCCCCGGGGCUCUUCCUGCAGGACGGGGGCUGCGUGAACAUCAGCCAGUGCCACUGCUUCUUCGACCACGAGCGUCGCCUCCCGGGGGAGAUGUUCCUGAGGGACAACUGCAGCCAGUGCGUCUGCCUGGAAGGCUCCGUGACCUGCGACUCGGUUUCCUGCCCCGUGAAGUGUGGCUGGUCGGCUUGGUCUCCGUGGAGCCCCUGCGGAAGGAGCUGCGGGGUCGGCAUGCAGCAGAGAUUCAGGUCUCCCUCCAACCCGGCCGCUGCCAAUGGCGGUGCCCCGUGCCAAGGCGAUGCCCAGGAGGUCCGCGAAUGCCACACUGUCUGCAUCUCAGAGAUCACCUUCGCCUGGAGCGAAUGGACGCCCUGGUCCCCCUGCUCCAAAACCUGCUACUACGCCACGGACGUGGUGGGCGCCAGGAAGCGGUUCCGGGACUGCAAUGGCACCACGGACGCCGCCAGCUGCAGCGGGGAGACGGUGCAGGAGGAGCUUUGCGACACGCCCCCCUGCCCAGUGGAAGGCAUAUGGACUCCAUGGACCCUCUGGUCCCAAUGCUCGGCCCCAUGCGACUCGGGGGUCCAGACCCGCAACCGCACCUGCUCCAAGCCAGCCUACGGGGGCCCAGAGUGCUCCGGACCCCUCAUCCAGACCCGCGAUUGCAACACUGAGCCCUGCAAAGCGCUCUGCCCGGGGAACCUGGUGUACCAGACGGCCGAGGAGUGCGAGCGGAAGGGGGGCGCCUGCCCCCGCCUCUGCCUGGACCAAGGCUCCCGCGUGGAGUGUGCCUCCCGCUGCCGCGAGGGCUGCUCCUGCCCCGGGGGGCUCUUCCUGCACAACGACACCUGCCUGCCGCUCAGAGAGUGCCCUUGCUACCACCAGGGGGAGCUCUACCAGCCGGGGGAAGUCGCCCUCCUGGACUCCUGCAACAACUGCACCUGCAAAGAUGGAGAGAUGGUGUGUGCCACAGAGCCCUGCCCAGCCGACUGCGCCUGGAGCGACUGGACGGCCUGGGGCUCCUGCAGCCGCAGCUGCAACGUGGGCACUCGGCGCCGCUUCCGCUCCAGCUCUGAGCCCCCUGCCUCCGACGGAGGACAGCCUUGCCAGGGACCCAACGUGGAGAUCGAGUUCUGCAGCCUGCAGCCUUGCCAGGCUUCCGGCAUGGAGUGGGGACCGUGGUCCGAGUGCUCCGUCCCGUGCGGAGCCGGAUACCGGAAUCGCACAAGGGCCAGCCUGACCGUCUUGCGCCGGAUCGAAUUUGCCACCUGCCACCUUCCCCCCUGCAGAGGUGAGGUGCCAGGUGUCUGUCCGGAGGGGAAGGUGUGGCAGGAAUGUGCUGACGGACCGGCUUCCUGCGCGGAGCUCAGUGCAGUGCCCAGCGCCAAUGAGACCUGCCAUGCUGGCUGCUACUGCCCCAACAGCACCUUCUUGCUGAACAAUCUCUGCGUGCCGGAGGAGGAUUGCCCCUGCACCCUCAAUGGGAUGCUGUACGGCCCGGGAGAUGUGGUACCCAAAGGCUGUGAAAACUGCACCUGCCUCUCCGGUCGAGUGCGCAACUGCUCCAGGGCAGCCUGCGGUGACGUGAACGGCCAGUGGUCAGAAUGGACCCCCUGGAGCGAGUGCUCGGCAUCCUGCGGGCUGGGGCUACGGAACCGGUACCACUUCUGCACGGAUCCCCCUCCGUCUGGGAUGGGGCUGCCCUGCUUGGGUCCCGAACGCGAGGACAGACCUUGCCAGGCCCAGCCCUGCGCCCGGGACGGGGGCUGGGGGGGCUGGAGCCCCUGGACCGACUGCACCGCCAGCUGCGGGGGAGGCAUGAGGAGCCGGGCGAGAGCCUGCGACAGCCCCUCCCCACAGGGGGGCGGGGACUACUGCGAGGGCGUCCCCACCCAGGUGGAAGGCUGCAGCUUGAACCCGUGUCCAGGUGUGGACUGCUCUGCCGUCGAGGGCGCCUCCUACAGCCGCUGCGGGCCCCCCUGCCCCCGCUCCUGCGACGACAUCUCGCACUGCCUGUGGACCUGCGAGCCCGGCUGCUACUGCGCCGGGGGGAAAGUCCUGAACGGCACGGCCUGCGUGGAGAAGGACCUGUGCACCUGCCUGGACCUGCUCACCGGCCUCCGACACCUGCCGGGAGAGACCGUCCCUCGCUCUGACGGAUGCAACACCUGCACCUGCUCCAAAGGGAAACUGAUCUGCACCAGUCAAGCUUGUGCCGUUCCCGGCGGCUGGUGCGACUGGUCUCCGUGGAGCCCCUGCUCCCGGACAUGCGGCAACGAAAUGGUCACCCGCUACCGGGCCUGCGCUUGCCCCAAGCCCCAGAACGGGGGCCCCGAGUGCGAGGGGCUGCAGGAGCACCACGGCGACAGCGGCAUCCAGCUUCAGAGGGAGGAGUGCCCCAUGGACUCUUUCUGCCCAGUGGACGGGGCCUGGAGUACGUGGGGCCCCUGGUCCCCUUGCGACGCCUGCGGAGGAGAGUCGGCCCGGAGCAGGGAGUGCAGCAACCCCCCUGCCCGCUUUGGGGGGCUCCCCUGCCCUGGCGAAGCCCGGCAGACCCUCCCGUGCCACGACGGAGUCACCGAGUGCAGAGAUUGCAGCGGGGGCCAGGUGUCGUUCCCCUGCGGCAAGGCCUGCCCGCGCACCUGCGAGGACCUGCACCCGGACACCGCCUGCCUCGACAGCCCCCAGUGCCAGCUCUCGUGCGCCUGCCCAGACGGGCAGCUGCUGCAGGAUGGGGUGUGCGUCCGGCCAGCGCACUGCCGCUGCAAAUACCAGAACACCUGGCUGGGUGUCCCCGAAGGACGGAAUCUCUCUCUGUGGUCAGGGCUCACCCCCUGGGAGUACGUCCAGCCUGGGGAGACAGUGUCCGGACCCUGCCAGAACUGCACCUGCGUGGCCGGCCACCUGCAGUGCGACGUGGACCCCUCGUGCCGCCUGGAUGGAGGCUGGGGCCCCUGGGGGCCGUGGUCGCCCUGCAGCCAGAGCUGUGGGGAGGGAGCCGAGUUCCGAUUCCGCGAGUGCGACCACCCAGCUCCCCAGAACGGAGGCAGGGGGUGCCUGGGCAGCAGAGAGCAGCAGAGAGCUUGCCAGAGCCAGCAAGACUGCCCAGAGGAGGAAGCCUGGGGCGCCUGGUCCCCCUGGGAGCCCUGCAGCGUCUCCUGCGGAGGAGGAGAGCAAAUGCGGAUCCGCCAGUGCCGGGUGCCCGACUGCCAGGGCUUGGCUGCCCAGAGCAAGACCUGCAACACCCAAGUGUGCCUUGAGGUCGGCUGCCCGGUGGGGCGUCUGUACCGGGAAUGCCUGAAGGAAGAGGGGUGCCCCUACAGCUGCGCCCAUCUCACCCGCCGGAUGGACUGCUUCUCGGACGGCUGCGAGGAAGGGUGCCACUGCCCCGUGGGCACGUACCAGCACGAAGGGGCUUGCGUCCAGGAGUGCCCCUGCAUCCUGACCGAAGACGCCCUCAAGAUGUUCUGGAACCACUCCUCGGAUCCCAGGCCCGCUCUGGGCAUCCUCACGGCACAGGGUCAGCGGCUCUCCCCGGGAGAAGAAGUUGCCCCAAACGCCACCAUCUAUUCUGCCUGCAGCAACUGCUCCUGCCGCAACGGGCAGCUGGUCUGCGCUUUCUCCCACUGCCCCGUGGACGGGGGCUUCUCAGCCUGGAGCCCGUGGGCCCCUUGCUCCUUAACCUGCGGGGGGCUGGGGAACAUGACCAGGACGCGAGACUGCGCCAACCCCAAGCCUGCCGACGGCGGGAAGGACUGUGCCGGCCCUCGGGUGGACAUCAAAUACUGUCAGACGCUGGAUUGCCAAGCUGUCCCUCUGCCCCACUCUCCAGGCUCCGAGGAGGACAGCUUCAGCCCUUGGUCAUCCUGGACGCCUUGCUCCAAAACCUGCAGCGACCCCGACCUGCCGGCCCUCAAGACCCGCAUGCGGUUCUGCCAAGGGUGGGCCAACUGCACGGGCGACUCGUUCCAGGAGCGAGAGUGCAACCUGCCCCAGUGCACAGACGCCCCCCUGUGCCAAGGCGAGGAGUGCCUGGGCCUGAACUGCACUUGGAACGCCUGGUCUCCCUGGAGCGCAUGUUCCCGCAGCUGCGGGGUCGGGCAGCAGCAGCGCCUGCGCACCUACAACCCGCCGGGGCAAGGAGGGCACUGGUGCCAAGACAUCUUGACGGCCAACGCGGAGCGGCAAUUCUGCAACCUGCAGGCUUGCAAAGUGGACGGUGCCUGGUCCAAGUGGAGCCCCUGGUCGUGGUGCGACCGCCUCUGCGGCGGGGGGCGCUCGUCGCGGACGAGGAUGUGCACCAGCCCCCCGCCCAAGAACGGAGGGCGCCACUGCCCCGGGGAGAAGUACCAAGUGCGCGUCUGUAACCCCAAACCCUGCGAGGAGGGCUGCCCCCCAGAGAUGCUCAUGGUGGGCUGCGCCAACGAAUGCCCGCGCCACUGCUGGGACCUCCAGGAGGGCAUCUCGUGCCAAGACGGGGAGGUCUGUGAGCCCGGCUGCCGGUGCCCGGAGGGGACACUGGAGCAAGACGGCGCCUGCGUCCCCCCCGCCUACUGCGAGUGCACCGAUGCCCAGGGGCACAGCUGGGUGCCGGGCAGCGUCCGCUUCGACGGCUGCGACAACUGCACCUGCGCCGGGGGGAGGCUCCUCUGCACCAACCACACCUGCGCCCCCAGCGAGUGCGCCUGGAGCCUCUGGUCCAGCUGGUCCCACUGCAGCGUCACCUGUGGGAACGGCCUGCGCACCCGCUUCAGGACCUCCACGUCCGGCUCAUGGGCCGCUGAGUGCCUGAAGGAGGAGCUGCAGACCCGCCCCUGCGCCCCAGGCGCCUGCCCCCCUCUGUGCCUGCACGAGGGCCGGGAGAUGGGUCUGGGGAGCACCUGGCUCCUGGGAGAGUGCCAGCAAUGUAUUUGCACCCCGGAGGGCGUCUAUUGUCUGGACAUCGCCUGCGCAGUGCACGGAGCCUGGACCCCCUGGUCGCCCUGGUCCGACUGCCCCCUCACCUGCGGCCGAGGCACCCAGAUCCGCACCCGGGCCUGCGUCAACCCCCCGCCUCGCAACAAGGGACUCCCCUGCGCUGGCCCAGAGACGCAAGCGCAGAACUGCUCCAUCCCGCCCUGCCCAGGGGACGAGCUGUGCCAUUGGUCCUCCUGGGGUCCGUGUUCGAGAUCUUGCGGAACGGGCUUGGCCACGCGGAUGGGGACGUGUCCUUGCCCGACCUCCGAGGAGGCGGCUGCGGGAGCGUUUUGCAAAGAUGGGCACCGCCAGGACGUGGGGGCUUGUUACCUCGGGGCUUGCGAAGAGUGCCCCUGGAGCCCCUGGACCAAGUGGACCAAGUGUUCGUGCAGCUUCCUGGUGCAGCAGCGAUACCGGAACCAGCGGGGCUCGGGGGGCGACGGGCAGCCCUGCGUGGGGCUCGACGGCCAGUUCCGCAUGUGCGACUAUUCCCAGUGCUCAGAGUCCAGCUGCGAGGCGCCCUUCGAGUUCCGGGAGUGCGGCUCUCCCUGCGACAGCCUCUGCUCCACGAUGCGCCACCCAGAGCUGUGCAAGGACAUCCCCCGGUGCCUGCCCGGCUGCUACUGCCCACAGGGCCUGGUGGAACAGAACGGGGCCUGCGUCCCGCCCUCGCAGUGCGGCUGCCUCCACCUCAGCCAAUCGGAAGGCCCCGUAUCCUUGGCGGCAGGAGACACCGUUUCGAUUGGCUGCAAGGAGUGUAUCUGCCAGCAGGGGGAGCUGCAGUGCAGCAGCGAAGGCUGCCAAGGUCUGCUUCCAGUCAGCGCCUGGUCGGAGUGGACGUCCUGUUCCUCUUGCCUGCCUUUUGUGGCCCUCGGCCCCAACGUGGUCUCCACCCUCUUGGCUCAGCAACACAGCUGGUCCCUUGAAGAAGGACCCCCCCAGCCCGCCCUGGUGUCCCUCCAGCAUCGCUUCCGACUCUGCCUGGACCCUCAGACCGGCAGAAGCUGGACAGGACCGGCCCCCCUGUGCUCAGCCGAACUGGAUCAGGAACGCCUUUGCCCGGAUCCUCACAUUUGCGAAGACUUCUGCCUGUGGAGCGGUUGGGCCCCCUGGAGCCCCUGCCGCGCGCCCUGCAGCGGGGGGUUCCGCACGCGCCAGCGCUACGCCCGUCACCCAUCAGGAGAGCCCCGGUGCCGCGGGGCGUGGUCCCAGUCCGAGAGCUGCAACACGGCCGCCUGCCCAGGAGAGGAAUGUGAAGAUCGGGGCAAAGUUCGGGCCCCAUCCUGCGCCAACGUCUGCCCUCGCGCCUGCGCAGACCUCUGGGAGCAUGUGGAGUGUCUACAUGGGGACUGCAAGCAAGGAUGCCGGUGUCCUGACGGACAGCUCCUCCAGGACGGGGUCUGCAUUCCGAUCCCGGCUUGCCGCUGUGGACUCCCCACGGCCAACAUCACCUUGGAGGUCAUGCCAGGGCAGACGGUGGAGCUGGAUUGCCACAACUGCACCUGUGCCAACGGCACCUUCUUGUGUCCUGAGAAGGAGUGCCCGUCCUACGGGGAAUGGUCCGCGUGGAGCCCCUGUUCUGCCAGCUGCGGUGGGGGCAGCGCCCUGCGGCACCGGCCGUGCCACGAGAGCCCUGCGGGAGCCCCCUGUGCCGCCGAUGCCAUGGAGGAAGCAGCCCAGUGCAGCCCGCAGCCCUGCGAGGCCGCCUGCCAGCUGAGCGAGUGGUCGGCCUGGAGUCCCUGCAGCGCCACCUGCGGAGGAGGCGAGUCCGAGAGGAGCCGCAGCCUCCUCUCCCCACCGCCGGGGGAUCCCUGCCCCGACCUGCUCCUGCAGCACCACGCCUGCAACACGCAGAACUGCACGCCAGAAUGCCCAGGAUACCAAGUCUACAGCGACUGCGCCAACGCCUGCCCGCGGUCGUGCUCCGACCUGCGCCCUCACACCCAGUGCCUGCGUGAGGAAUGCCAGCCGGGCUGCGCCUGCCCCUCCGGACAGGUGCUGCAGGACGGGGGCUGCGUCCCCCCGGAAGGAUGCCGCUGCCGGCUGAGCUCGGUGCCCACCAUGCCCUGGGCUGCCAACAUUUCCCAAGAGGAGCAGGGACAGGAGCACCCACCGGGCAGUGUCAUUCGCCACGAGUGCAACAGCUGCGUCUGCCAGAGGGGGGCCUUCACCUGCACCCAGGAGGACUGCGAUGUGCCCUGCGUCUGGUCGGAGUGGGGCCCGUGGUCACGCUGCUCCGUGACGUGUGGCUCCGGACAACGGGCGUCCCGGCGCCACCACCGCCAGCUGCGCCUCUACGGCGGUUCCGAGUGCGAAGGACCCUCUGAGCGCUGGAUGUCGUGUUCGCUCCCAGACUGCGCCUGCCCCGCUGGCGAGCUCUGGCUCAGGACAGAUUCCCCUGCCCCCUGCGAGCGAGGCUGCCACCAGAUCUACGAGGAUCCCCCGCAGAACUGCACCCCAAGGACUGGGCAGGGUUGCGUGUGCCAGCUGGGGCACUACCGGAACAAGAGCGGGCACUGCGUCCUGCCCGCUCACUGCGAGUGUGAACAUCGGGGCCAGAUUUUCGCGGCUGGCACAGAAUGGCAGGAGGGCUGCAAAACUUGCCAUUGCCUGAACGGGAGGGCCGUGUGCCAGGCUACCUGUCCCCCGCUCACCUGCCUUGAGGGCGAAGUGAAAGUGCAAGAGGCCGAGAGCUGCUGCCCGCUGUGCAGGAAGGAGCUGCCUGAAGAUCACCCUCAGCCCGACUGCCAGCACCACACAGAGCUCCGCAACAUCACCAAGGGCAGGUGCUUCCUGGCCGGCGUGGAGGUGAGCUACUGCCGGGGGCGCUGCCCAUCCCACACCAAUGUCAUCCCCGAGGAGCCCUACCUGCAGACCUUAUGCGAGUGCUGCAGUUACCGCCUGGACCCCGUCAGCCCCGUGCGCAUCCUGAACCUGCAGUGCCAAGGGGGCGAGACGGAGCCCGUCGUUUUGCCCGUCAUCCACCAGUGCGAGUGCAGCAGCUGCCAAGGUGGCGACUUCUCCAAGCGCUGACGUCGUCCCCGCAGGCGAAAAGACCAGGCCCUUCCAUAGCGGAAUGGAACGUCUCCCCUCCCAGGAUGCAAAAAUGUUUUUUUCAUGUUUUCCAUUGCCUCUUCUCUCCUCUCUUCC